AUGUUUCUUCGUAUUAUUAGACACUGUUCAACUUUUCAGGCCUAUCUGAAUGAACGUGAAAAAUUACGAAUGGCAUUAUUAUUGAAUAAAUAUCCAAAUAGAGUUAUUGAUGAACAGUUUAACCAUGUGUUAUUAAAAUUAAAUAUUGAUCGACCAUUAGAAUUUAAUAAUUAUGAUUUAAUUCGUCAAAAAAUUAUAGAGACACCAAUAAAAGAAAAAGUACCAGUAGAUUAUGGAAAGAUAAUGUUUGUUCAUUUUACUUUUUGUUCAAGUAUGAAAACAUUUCCAAAAAAAAUCCAUAUCCUCUGGGAUAAAUAUUUUGGUGGAUCUCCGAUUAAUGAAGUUUUACCUGUUCUUGGAACACGUAAUGUUAACAAUUUACAAAGACGAUUAGUCCAUACUAGAUCUAUAAAUAUUAGUGGUUAA